UUUCCUCUUUCUCUCUCCUCUCUUUUUUUUUCUCGUUCUUUUCUUUCUUUUCCAUGGACGCCACCCGCGUCGUGCUGGAGCGGAGCGACCCGGAGUGGCGCCCGGCCGACGCCGUCGACGCGUCCGGCGUCGGCCUGCUGCACUCGGCCAUCGCGCAGGGCCGGCCGGACCUCGUCCAGCUGCUGCUGGAGUUCGGCGCCGACGUCGACCUCCGAGACCACCCGGGAUUCGCCGUGCUCGAGUCCGAGGAGGUCAAGCGCGUCGGACUCCGAGCCCGACCGCUCGACCCCGACGCCCCGCUCAAGCCGGGGAAGCUCUACUUCCUCGUCGACCUCCCCCGCGCCGACCCCGAGCCCGACUACCGCCGCGCCGGCGCUGGCGCCGCGCGUUCCUACGCGUUCCUACUAGUUGCCUGGUGA